AUGCCAUUUUCUUCGUCGCAGUCGCGGUCUCAGCACGAUGCCGCCUCGUCGUCCACCGUGACGCUUCCACUCGUGUUGCUCAUCGCAUCGCUCCUCGCGCAAAUCGGGACCUCUCCGAAGCAUGCCAUCCUUACCAGCGCUGUUGCCUGGCUCGCAGUGUGCACCUACACGACGCUCAAGAUAGGAGCGAGGUCGUCGCUGGAUGGCUCGUCUUCGCAGCGACUGGCAUGGGGCGCGGGCGUCUGCUUGGCCGUGGCAGGAAUCUGCGAACGCGCAGUUGAUGGCAGGGCUAUCUGGUGGGCGAAGGUGUUGAUACCGCUGUUGAUCUUCCUGUCCACGAAAGCAGGCAUUCUCGAACACGCCCAGCCAGCAAGCUCUUCGCCCCCAUCGAGUCCCACGAAGCCAGGAUCAGUUAGGGCCUGUCACGAACUUGUAUCAAAGAGGACUUUGGCCAUUAUAACGGGUUCUGGCUUGGUGGCAGUGUAUACGCAUUCAGGGUCAAUCUCUGUCAUAGCGCUCGGCCUGUCGUACGCUGUUGUGCAAGCGCUUGCCCUGCAUCUCGUGGAAGGUGCUAGAUAUCAGUCGCACGAUGUCGGAGGUGUGAUAUACUCGGCCAAUGGCUUGCUCACGCAGCCAGUGAUGCCCUUGGCCUCCGCUGCAAACCAGUGGAUGUCUCUAUUGAGGGACGUAUCCGCCUCAGCAGGUGCAACGCUCGGUGUUGCCGCGCUCACCCUGGAGAACCUGCGUUUUGGCGGAUUGGCCUACUGGGGUCUAAUGGGAAAGAUCAUGGGCGAUCAUUGGGUGUUCGGGCAGAGUAUAAUUUCUGUUGUUCACGCGCUGGGAACGGUCAUGAUACAGGUCGUAAUGUUUGCAGCUCUGCUCCUAAUGGUAAACGAUCGAGGUGCCUUCCUCACGAGCUUUGUUCCGCUCGCUGCAACGCUAGCUUCACAGCUCCUGCUCGCUUUCUCGACUUCACGACUUUACUUCGCCGCGCUGUGUAUAGGCGGCACGUUCUCCCUUCUCAACGAGCAGGGCACAUUCCUUGGUGGAGGAAGGAUGAGAAUUCGGAUCAGCAAGCUGCUCACCGUUGUUGCUGCUGUGUCAUUCGUGGUGUUGACAUUCUACUACUUGCUGCAGCCAAUUCAAAACGCUUCGCUGAGAGCGCAUGGACCUCAAGCAACUGUAGGACUCAAUGUCGCGCCACCAGUCACGCUACUUGAGCCGCUGCAGUCCGCCGACACCCGUACCCAUCCUGUGAGAACCCUCGUCCAGGACGCACAGAGGUCAUGGUCGUCAAAGCUGCAAUCUCAGUCCCAGUCUCUCGAAGCCGCAGUCACCGAGUACAAAAGGAGGUAUGGACUGGCACCGCCGCCGCAUUUCGACAAGUGGUACGAAUUCGCCAAGAGGAAGAAGGUACAACUCGUCGAUGAAUACGACACUAUUUACCACUCACUACUACCAUUUUGGGGUCUGGCACCAGCCACGAUCCGAGCAAGAGCAAGAGAGGCUCUAGGCUUUGGCGACAACAACUUGAUGGGGCUACUUGUCCGCGAGGGCAAAGCCUUUCAUGUCGAAGGAGGACAAGAAUGGCUCCAACAAGCAGCGGUAGGCAUGAUGGAGCAGUUCAUCGAAUACCUGCCCGACAUGGACUUGGCUUUCAACGUCCACGACGAGCCCAGAGUAGUGGUACCCCAUGAUCAACUAUGUCGUCUGCUACAGGUGGCACUAGAAAAAAAUGUGCCUGCUGCCAUCGCCCAAACAACACCAAAGAACACCUUCUCUGCUCGACCAAAAGAUGUCAAGAGCGGCAAGCGCAUUGAAGAAGUCAAAACGACACGCUUCAACGUGUUUGCUCACCAGCCGACAUGGAUCCCGUCGCGCUUGUCUUGCUCGCCAGACAGUCCAGCUAGGAUGCUGGAGGAGUCACUUGCCACAGAUAAUCUAACUGCGUAUUCUCUGAGCGAGCUAGGCUUCAUCUACAACCACACUUCAUUCUCUGACAUCUGCAAUUCACCAUCCUUCGGACAGUCACACGGCUUCUUCGACAGGCCCAACGCCUUCAAUGUGGUUCACGACCUGUUUCCCAUCUUCAGCCAGAGCAAGAUGUCGAGCUUUCAGGACAUCGUGUACCCCAGCCCUUGGUACUGGUAUGGAAAAGUCAAGUAUGACGAGAGCAAGGACCUGGACUGGGAGAAAAAGGAGAACAAGCUCUGGUGGCGAGGUAGCACCACAGGAGGUUUCAGCCGGGCUGGCGGCUGGCGGCGCCAACAUCGACAGAAGUUUGUGGGCAAAGUCAAUGCCCUGGACAACGCAAAAGUUUUGCGAAGCAGCAACGCCGCAGCAACGGAUGAGGAUCCUGGGUCAAAGUGGAUUGUUAAGGACGUUCCGCGACAAGACUAUCAGGAAAUCAUGGAUGUCCACUUCUCGCAUGUUGGCCAAUGCGACCCUGGUGACUGCGAUGCCCAGCGUGAGUUUUUCAAGGUGGUGGAGCCAGCGGAUCAGCAAGAGGCAUGGAGGUACAAGUAUUUGCUCGACAUGGACGGUAAUGCGUUCUCGGGACGAUUCUACGCCUUUCUCAUGAGCCAUAGCCUGCCAUUUAAGAUGGCAGUGUUCCGCGAGUGGCACGAAGAGUGGCUGAAGCCAUGGGUGCAUUACAUCCCACUCAGCUUGAGGGCUGAUGAAGCACUGGAGGCUGUAAGAUAUCUCGAUGCCGAGGAGGACGGGAAGCCGUUGGCCACGACCAUCGCAGAAACAGGGCGAGAAUGGGGCCACAAAGCGCUGCGCAAUGAAGAUUUUGAGGUCUGGUUGUUCAGGCUACUCCUAGAAUAUGGCAGGGUGAUAGACGAUGAUCGUGAAUCCAUAGGCUAUACAGGAGCAUAA